UACCAACUAGUUUGAUUUGAACGAAGUAGAGGUACAACCGAUCUUUGCGUUACACGGUUUCUAACGUUUUCUUUCGUUGUAAAUGCCGUUUUUGCAUAAAUUCUAUCGUAAAAUCCGCUAAAAUGUCGUUAUUGUUCCCAGUACUACAGUGAAAAAUGUUUGGUUUUGUGUUGUUUAGUGUAAAGUGAAAAUAUCUGUGAGUGUUGUGACCAUACCGAUGUCUAAAAGGUUCUUCUAUGCAAUUUUUCAACAGCUCAGCACGAUGAUGACUCUUUGAGGAGGGACAUUCCAGAAGAGAAAUGGUAUGAAGGAGCCAGAUCACUUUAGCGAAACGCUACCAGAGGGAGUGCAGUUGACGUUAAGUGAGCUGCGCGAAAUGGCGUGUCAGCAACAAGCGCAGAUUGAAUCGCAGCACCAAUUGCUGGCUGCCAAAGAACAACGGCUGAGGUACCUGAAAGAGCAGGAGGCGCGGCAACAGCGCGUCCAUGCUGAAAGCGAACGCUUGCGCAGACUGAGGGAUCGGGUCGACGCGCAAGAACUCAAGCUGCGCAAGCUCCGGGCGCUUAGGGGACAAGUCGACCAACACAAGCAGAACAACAUUUCUCUCACAAGUGACCUUGAUUCAAUACGAGCCCUUUUCAAUGAAAAGGAGAAGGAGCUAUCUCUGGCUGUGGCCAAAGUGGAGGAGUUAACUAGACAGUUGGAGGAAUUAAGGAGAGGACGGUCGAACAAAAACUCGCCACCACCUUCUGCCUUAGAAUUGGAUAAACUCCGAAGGGAGCUCAUGUAUCGAAACAAAUUAAACGAGCAACAAAAUCAAAGGCUACACCAACAACGGGAGGCUUUAACGGCGAGACAGGAGGAGAUGAGUGCAAUCGACAAACGAAUAUCAGAGCUUCAAGAGCGACUGCACCGGAAACGGAUGCUAAAUCAGCAAUUAGCCAAUCAGAUAAGCGCUACGUCACACAAGGCGGCGUACCACCAGUUAGUAAGGUUGACUGGAAAUCAAGAUCAGACCAACCAAGCGGCUUUUGCGAGGAAACACCAGCAAAACAAUGAUCGGAAAGGCUUAUCGAGAGGCAAUAUUGCUGCUGUCGAGCCGUAUAACCAUAUCCCCGUCCAACCUCAACCUACUCAUCAAAUUAACAAUAUAAAUACUCAUCCUGAUAUUAAGUUACAGAGCACCUAUGACCCUUAUCAACCAGUAUACUAUAUGAAGAAGGACCAAGACUCCCCCAAAUCGAACUUGGAGUCCCAAGACGUGGGAAGCAAAUUACCAAACCUGUAUCCUCCCAAAACCGACGAAAAUGAGCUUCACAAAGAUUUCCCGGCGUCGAAAACGGACCCCAAAUAUCAAACGCUUCCUUACAAUACGAAGUUCACGGUGAACCUCAUCAUGAACAACGCGAAUAAGCCGAACAAAGAGGAAAAUCUCAAAAACAACGAAGAACAAAUAGACGCUACUAACGAGAAUGUUAUUAUGCACACAGGUCACAUGACUGUACACAGCGCCCCACUAUACAUGGUGAAUAGAAAUAUAGCAACGGCUCUAAAUCAACACGACUUAUUGAAAACGAAUAGUGAGAAUAACAAGGAUAUUGUAGUUAAUGGUAGUGAAGACCACAGAGAACGAGAACGAGAAAUAGCCCCGUCUAGUUCCAGCACUUUGACACCUGCAUAUCAGAAACCCAUUAGCAGCGUUGCACCAACAUCGGUCCACCACACUAGUCUUUUGUCGAACGUGUAUCAAACCAACUCCAUCAAGGUUCAACCUGUCGAACCACAAACUAUAUCUAUAAGCAACACAUCUACUUCUAGCAGCACCUACAACCAUACAAGUACUAGCAACAACCUUGUGCAAUCUUCUCCUUCGCUAGUAUUAUCACCGCCGCAGAGUAGUAGUACUCCUUUGAGUAACACUCCGGAGACAGCUAGUAAAGUACCGAAACCAGCACUGCCUCCGAAGCCGGCGAUUAAACCGCCGCCGAGACAAACGCAAGGUUUGAACGAGGACAAUAGCAUCGUGGUGCCCCCACCUGUCGUUCCAUUCAGCGAAGCUUUUGAGGACAAGCUGUUGGGAAAGAAGUUGGAAAGUCUUAUUACUAAACCAAUUUCUAUUCCAACAUCUACAACAAUCAGCAAAAGCGAAAUGAUCAUCAAGGCGAAGCCUCUAACGAUAAAGAAGCAACCAUUCAGCGAACAACCAAAACUGAGAUCACAAACAUCCAUGCAGAACGGCCUCUCCAGCAGACGAAUCGAAUCGCUGCCAUUGAUCAAUAACUUUUCAGAGCUUAAUCUAGACAAACCCCACGCAGAAGAAAAAGACGAAACUGACAAAUCGUCCGUUUCCGACGAAGCUGAUCACGAAGACAAGGGAUACGAUAACGUCAUUCGCAGAUGUAAAAAGGGUAAUUUGAAGCAAACUGGUAAGCCGAAUCUCUCUAGGAGGGUGAGUUUUGAUCCACUGGCGUUAUUGUUAGACGCUAGUUUGGAGGGAGAAUUGGAGUUGGUUAAGAAGACGGCCACACAGGUAACGAACCCCAGCGCUGCCAAUGAUGAGGGAAUAACGGCUCUACACAACGCCAUCUGUGCUGGACAUCUAGAAAUAGUAAAAUUCUUGGUGGAAUUCGGCUGCGACGUGAACGCGCAAGACAGCGACGGAUGGACGCCUCUGCACUGCGCAGCCAGUUGUAACAACUUGACCAUGGUGAAAUUUUUGGUGGAGCAUGGAGCUUGCAUCUUUGCCACGACUCUCAGCGACCAUGAAACUGCAGCAGAGAAAUGCGAGGAGGACGAGGAGGGAUUCGACGGGUGUUCAGAGUAUUUAUACAGCGUUCAAGAAAAGUUAGGCAUACUAUCGGGUGGUGUAGUGUAUUCUGUAUUUGACUAUACGGCACAACAACCUGACGAAUUGAGUUUUAAAGAAGGAGACCAAAUCACAGUUCUGAGGAAAGGAGAUGAGAACGAACGAGAAUGGUGGUGGUCUCUGUUAGGGGAUAGAGAAGGGUACAUUCCACGCAAUUUGCUAGGCCUUUAUCCAAGAGUGCCGAAGAACGAAGACUAGCAGACGGUGUUCCUUGCAAUAUUAAGUACAUUAUUUUGGGUAUAGGAGAACAAAAAUAUUUUAUAUUUUUAGGACAUUUAAAAAUAUUUUAUAUUUUUAACCCUUCUUGUAUAUGAAAACGAAGAAGGAAAGAGUUUGAUCAGUUAUUAUCAUUUUUACACAAUUUUAUCACUAUUUUUUCAUAUCUCUCUUAUAGUAGAGCUAGAAAUUAUUCAUCGUAACAUUUGAGCGUCGCAAAAAAUUAUAACUGAAGAAACAAACCAAUUAAUUUAAGGUAGUAACAUUGGGGCUUUACGUCUCGCAUUGGACAACCUUUGAGUACAAAUUUAUUAUUCUAUUGACUUGAUUCAGAAAUUCAACAGUUUAGAAUAAUUUCCCAUUGAGUUUCCUUCUACAUUAGUCAUGAGGCUAUGCCGUUACGGGACCACAAAAAUAAAAUUUCUCUAGAUCCCUGAAAAACUGGGCAUUUCACAACAUAUGGCAACAGCGCCUUCCAUAAGAGCCUAUGUGUUAGAAUGUGAUCGAAAAUCAACUUUCCCCAGAUUCUAGAGAAAUUUUUAAAAAAUCUAGAAUUCAUUCUGCUCGUUUUUGGCGCUUUUUGUGGUAGGGACAGAACGGCUCGUCGGUAUUCCUUCAUUAGUUGUCUUUGGCGGUCUGGUUGCAACAGCUGCAGCUAGUAACAGGCUAACACAACUACCACAUUCAAUCACAAGAAUCUAUUGCAUUGCUUUAAUAGUAACGAACGAGGCAGUCCAAUUUGAAAUGGAAAGUCCCUUACAUUCUGUAAGUUUUAUGUGUAGGUAUAAAAUUUUUCAGAAGGACGUCAUUCACAGUUAAUAAAUAAGCAUCCUGUAUCUAUUAUUUGCAGUAAGUAAUUGAAGUACAAGCGAUGUUUUAAAAAUACAUAUAGGUUUUCUUACCAAAUCCGACCUACGUCAUUGAAAAUCUGCAGUAUUAAUCCAUUCCAACAUGGUAGGUUUUAUAUUAUGCAAUACAUACUUAUUUUUCUAAUGGAUGAAAAGUAGAUAUUCAAUGAAUACUCCCUUACUAGAAAUAUCGGGAAUACCACUAUUGCGAUUGACUGUCAGCAAUUGAAUUAUGAGCUUAGAAAGAAUAUUUGUUCAUUUAGCCUUUAUACGUAUUAAAUUAUUUAAAAUAAAAAUAAUGAAUAAAAUUUCAUAUUAUAUAAAAUAAGUUAUACAUAUGUAAAUAUAUUUAAAACGAAUAAGUUUUCAGUAUAAAAUCACCGUUUUUGUGUAUCAAAUUGUUAAAAUAGAAGUAAAAACAUUUGUCCUGCGUUUAUUGUACCCUUGACGUAUGACGUAUAAUAUAAUAUAGACCUCUUACGUCAUUGGUACGGUAUAUCACAAUUAUAUGUACCAAUGACAUAUAUUAUGACGUAGAAAUAUUAAACGUCAUAUGUCAAGGGUACGAAAAAAGAAAAGCGAGGAAUUGCCCUAUUAGAUAGGUUUGGUGGCUCUAUGAUUUAAUUAUUAAGUUGUUGAUGACGUAAGUGGGACACGGUAAGAAACAAGAGAUAUUUUGCGACACUCUACACAUCAAAUUAACGCGAAAGGAAAAUAUAUAUUAUAUAUACAUAAUAUUUAUCACCUUUGCUCAAUAUAUAUUUAUAUAUUGUUCAGUAAAAGGUUCUCUCUUUUAUAUAUAAAUGUUCAUAUAGUUAUUUUUAACAUUUAUUGCUUUAAAAAAACUAAUCGUUAAUUUCAUAUAUAUAUUUGAAAUUGUAAAUAUAUAAAUAUGAGGAUAUUUACAAAAAUAAAAUUAUUGACAUACAAA